CUAAAUCGCGUCGCGGAGGGACACCGAGGGCCUUUGUCCCUCUGGCGGAGAGCAGACGGCGGGCUCCUUUAAUCUGGGCGGAAAAGAGCCAAGGCGAUGCGGGCUGUUCUUUCUCCUUUUUGUCUCCUGGUCCUAGAGACAGCCAUUUUGCAGGGAGAUCAUUUGCCAGAUCAAACCUUUGUGUUUCUUGGGACUGUUAUGCAGCUACGGAGAAUCACAUUUCUUUGGCUGGCUUCUCUUAGGAAUGGCAACCAAGUGGAACUUUAAAAGAUUCAACACACGACAGUCUCCUCCCCGAAAAUGGCUGAGACAGAGGAGGAAGAGGCAGGCGUGGAAGUGAAGCUGGAAGAGGAGGAGGAAGAAGAGGAGGAGGAGGAAGAAGAGGAGGAGGCUGGCUACGUUCAGUCCGGACGGCGCUAUAAAUGCCUGACCUGCAACAAAACGUUCCCGAGUGUGCCGCGAGUGUUGCGGCAUCUGAAGUCCCAUGCGGCCAGCGCCGGGGGGAGCACGGAGGGUAAAUUUGCUUGCUCCAGCUGCAGGAAGGAGUUCCCUGACCGUGGCCAGCUGCGCAAGCACCAGCUCAGCCACCAGACCGAGCGGCCACACCAGUGCCAGCUCUGCAGCAAGGCCUACAAGACGGCGCCCGAGCUGCGCAACCACGGCCGCAGCCACAGCGGCGAGAAGCCCUUCGUGUGCCACGAGUGCGGCAAGGCCUUCAUGCAGCCCGUCUGCCUGCGGGUCCACAUGGCCCGGCACACGGGGGACCUGCCCUUCCGCUGCCAGCACUGCCACAAGGGCUACGGCACCCUCUCCAAGCUGAAGAUCCACCAGCGCUCCCACACGGGCGAGAAGCCCUACGCCUGCGGCGAGUGCGGCAAGCGCUUUGCCGACCCCUCGGUCUUCCGCAAGCACCGCCGCACCCAUGCCGGCCUGCGGCCCUACCAGUGCGAAGUGUGCCGCAAGACCUACGCCGAGCUGAAGGACCUCAAGAACCACGAGCGCUCGCACACGGGCGAGCGGCCCUUCCUCUGCCAGGACUGCGGCAAGGCCUUCUCCCGCUCCUCGUCGCUGGCUUGCCACCAGCGCAUCCACGCGGCCCACAAGCCCUACCGCUGCAGCCUGUGCGGCAAGGGCUUCACCCAGCUCUCCUCCUUCCAGAGCCACCAGCGCACCCACUCCGGGGAGAAGCCCUUCCUCUGCCCACAGUGCGGGCGCAUGUUCAGCGACCCCUCCAGCUUCCGCCGGCACCAGCGGGCCCACCAGGGCCUGAAGCCCUAUGCCUGCGACAAGUGUGGCAAGGCCUUCCGCCAGCCGGCCGACCUGGCCAUGCACCAGCGCAUCCACACAGGCGAGCGGCCCCACAAGUGCGCACAGUGCGACAAGAGCUUCGUGGCCUCCUGGGACCUCAAGCGCCACCUGCUGGUGCACUCGGGGCAGCGCCCCCACCAGUGCGGGGAGUGUGGCAAGAGCUUUGCCGAGCGGGCCAGCCUCACCAAGCACUACCGGGUGCACUCCGGCGAGCGGCCCUUCAAGUGUGGCCGCUGUGGCAAGGCCUUUGUGGUGUCCUCCAGCCUGCGGAAGCACGAGCGCACCCACAGUGGCGAGAACCAUGAGGACAAGGCCCUGCUGGUCGGCGGCCACGAGCCACCCCCUGGAGACCCCGCGGCCAUCGUCGUGGCCACGGUGGUGCCCGCCUGCGGGGAGUGCGGCGAGGCCUUUCCCUCCACCCAGGAGCUGCGCCGCCAUGAGCGGCUGCACCACCCUGGCCUGCGCCCCUUUCCCUGCCCCGAGUGCGGCAAGGGCUUCUCGGACCGGGCCGGCCUGCGCAAGCACGAGCGCAUCCACUCGGGCGUCCGCCCCCACGCCUGCCCCCACUGCUCCAAGGCCUUCCUGGGUGCCUCGGACCUGCGCAAGCACCUCAAGACCCAUGUGGGCCUCGAGAACAGGCGCUCCGAGGACCCCGUCGUGACGGCUGCCAUAGCCACCUACGAGCCGCUGCUCUCUGCCCACAUUCACCCCCAUGCCCCUGACGACAGGACAGAGACGGACAAGGCCUCCCCCUCCAACUGCCUGACCGAGGCGCUCACGGAGCCCUCUUAGGCGCUGCCCCUCUUCCCUGGCGUGCGACUUCCGGCACUUCGCGCAGGUGCAGACCAGGCCAUGUUGCUUCGCAGCCCCACCUCCCCUCGCCCCCCCCCCCAUUUCCGCAGUAUCAGACGAAAGAGAGAUGUGCCUGGAGGGACUGUUGGAACAUGGACACCCAAACCCGGGCAACAAUGGGGCGGGGGUUAUAUUUGUUGUGUGUGUGCACUCCUGCAGUAUGACGUGUGUAUCUCUGUUGGUUUAUAAUAUCACACUGUGCAGUUUUCUGGGUGAGGAACAAGACUGAAUUGAGAAACCAGUGGCGAAGGGGGAGAAGGAAAUAAAAGCAACCCCCUCUAUCUCUUCUAGAACUUCUAUUAAUCUGUCUCAUGUUGCCCUGGUUUAUGUAAACAGCUUGAAAUAAAAGCCUUGGGGGUUUUGUGUGA